AACCGCCGGGAUAGGGCGGCCCGCGCCUGCGCACAGGCGGCUGCCAGCGCUCCUAUGCUGCGCAGGUUCGUAUUGUGGUUGCUGGAGUCGUGAUCGCGGGUCGUGACUGUGCGCUGUCCGGCUCCACGGGACCGAAGGACUGUGUAUCCGUGUCUUCGCACUCCAGCCGUCUUCCUCUGCCUAUGUAGGCAGGGCGGCUAGGGAGUCCCGUGCUGGCCCGGUUUUCCCGGUGUGAUGCGAGCCGAAGGGGCAGGAAGUGGGCUGCCAAAAGCCCAGUGUCCGGAGUAGGAUCUGCUUCAGCACGGGAAGGGCGGCGGCUGUCCCAUUAGUCAGUCCUUGUCUUACUGGUCCUCCCAGUUCCCUCCUCUCGGCGGAUAAACAGACACCAGCGCGUGACUCGACUGACUCGAAAACAGCUUCACCUACUCAGUAAAGUUGUUUCCUCCCCAAACGUAAACUUUACUGCCGGCACGUAUCGGAGCUUUUUCCAUUCCCUUGCUCAAACGGGAGAUUGGGGUCGCGGGUUUAAAAAUAGAAUCCUGUUUAGCUGUUGACUCUUGGGGGGGGGGGGCAUUAAUUCCAUUUACUGAGGCUUACAGCGUACUAGGCGCUUUGUAUUUCUUUGUGACCAUUUAAUUUCUGCAGUGACCCCACAAAAUACGUAAUUAGGUUUAGAGUUCAAGCUACCGAAAGUAAGGUAAACAGCAAAAAGUUUCCCUGCCACGUUUCCACAGUGUACCCACUUAUUUCUUCUGUGUUUUUUCCGACGCAUUUUAUACAUGUAUAUUGUUCUAUGUGCGUAUCUUUUAAAAACAUAUUUGGGAGCGAUUCGUCCUGCAUCUUUGUUCUACUCAUAUUAACAUCCACAUUGAUACGAAAAGGUCAGCCGGGCUCGUUCAUCUUCAGUGUGGCGUGGUCCCCCGGGAAUUGUCCCCAUUACCCACCCAGACAAGGGCACGCUGGGGCUUAGUUCUGGGACUCGCCCGGGCUCUGGGCGACCAGGUUUGCGAGCUUGGCUCCUCCGUGGCGGUCGGGGCUGGCGGCUGGGCCCCGCGGGCGGCAGGAAGUGCCGCGCGCUGACUCGCCGGCGACACCCCCGCGGCUACUAAACGCGGGACAGAGGCACAACACGCGCUUCGCAGCCGAGUCUCCUCUCCACUGGGUGAGGGCGGCAGGUGGCGGCGCGAUGGACUUGGCCGGGCUCCUGCUGGACGAAGAAGGCACCUUCUCCCUCACGGGCUUCCAGGACUUCUCGUUCCUCCCUGGACACCAGAAGCUCAGCGCUCGGAUCCGAAGGAGACUCUACUAUGGCUGGGACUGGGAAGCUGACUGCAGCUUGGAGGAACUCUCCAGCCCCGUGGCAGACAUUGCUGUGGAACUGCUCCAGAAGGCAGCCCCCAGCCCUAUUCGCCGGCUCCAGAAGAAAUACGUAGCUCAUGUGUCCCGGGAGGCGUGCAUCUCCCCGUGUGCUAUGAUGCUUGCUCUGGUGUACAUUGAACGGCUCCGCCAUCGAAACCCAGACUACCUACAGCACGUGUCGUCCUCUGACUUGUUCCUGAUCUCCAUGAUGGUGGCCAGUAAGUACCUCUAUGAUGAAGGGGAGGAGGAGGAGGUCUUCAAUGAUGAAUGGGGAGCUGCAGGGGGUGUGGCCGUGCCCACUCUCAAUGCCCUGGAGAGGGGCUUCCUGAAUGCCAUGGAUUGGCGUCUUUACACUGACCCUCGGGAGAUCUUUGAGGUGCUGAGCUGGCUGGAGAGCUGUGUGGCUGAGCAGCAGGGACGGCGGCGGGGCUGGUACACCUACACAGACCUGUGUGUGCUGCUGGAGCAGCCGGCCUGGCAGUUGGCCCUGGGCUCCCUCUGCCAGCGGCUGGCAAAGCUGUCUUGCCUGUUAGCUAUGGCAUAUGUGAGCAGUGUGGCCUUGGCUGUGGCGUCACUGGCUGUAAUUCACCAGUCCUUGGGGCUGCCCUGCAGCCCCUCGCCCGGCCCCCCGGACCUUGGACUGGCCUCCAGGUGCCUCUUGGAACCCUGCAUACCUUCUCCCGUGCCACAGUGCCUGCCAUGUCCUGUUAACGUCUCCAGCUGCCUGGAUGGUGACACAGGGCUGCGUUCACUCUGGGGCAGUCUUCUGGCUUCACUGACUCCUCCACCAUUGCCUCCCCCAGACCCUCCUGCCCCUCCCACUCUUUUCCAUAACUGUCCCCUUUGCCAGAAGCUCCAGAGAGACUCCCCAAGCUGCCACACCUGCCACCACUCCAACCAUACUGUCUCCACUGGGUCUCCCAGCCCUGGGUACCACUCCCGUGGCCUGGCUCCACCCUGGCUCUGGAGCCCAAUGCCCCCCCUGCUCCCCCCGCCCCAGCAGUGUUCCCUUUUCAGUGUCAUGGAGCUAGCCCGUCUCAAGUCUUUCAUUUUCCCGGGCUAGGCAGGCAUUCAACAAAUGCAUUAAGAGGAUUUGGGAAUCCCUGAGAACCUAGAGGGGGAAAGCUUGAUUUAGAUCCUCUCUACCUCUCUGGGUCCUUGGCUGGUCCCCGUCCUCCUAGGUAAUGGAGCUUAAGGGGUUGUGGGGUAGAAGGACUGAAGGUCACUCACUCUCCUAGACCUCAGUGGCUGGCUGCUUGGCCAGAGCAGCGAUGGUACCAGGGAAAGCUCCAGCUUGGUGACCAGGGCCACAUCACAGCCAGACAGAGGAGAAGCCCCUGUCUCUCCACCUCCCUGGGUUCUAGACUUUUGCUUUUGAGUUCCCUAUGAUGGAAGGGGAAAAGUGGGGUGAGGGAGGGAGGAAAUGUUGAUUGGGGGCCUGAGUGAUGUCCCUGAAGCAGGAGAGCGAGGGACUGAUAGGGCCAAGGUGGGAUCUGCCGAGGGAAGGCGGGGUCAGGUGGGAAACCCUCUCCACACCCCAUCCCUUGGGUGUAGCCUAAAGGAGCCAGGGACUGCUGCCGUCUUCAGCCCUGCCCUUUUGUCUUCCAACCUCUUCUUAGUACCCUGCUCCUGGGCUUCCCUCUCUUCCAGUUCUUCUCCUGGGUGUUCUCUUCACAGGCCUCUCUGGCCACUGCUUUGUAUUUGGGUUUUUCACGCUUUUGUAGAACUGAGGUUUCAAUAAACAAUUUCAGUUGCA